AUGGAAGAUCUCUCCGAUAGGCCAAUAGCCAAACGAUCUCGGUCUAGCCAAGAGAGUAAUUCUAUAUCGUCUCUACUUAGUCUCCCUGAUGAGAUCCUAGAGCAGAUUUUCUUGGCCUUGGAUACGAAUGAUAGGUUGAGCCUUAGAUGGGUUUGUACAUCCCUCCAACAUGUCUAUACUUCAUCUGCAUUACUACAAUAUCAGUUUACUCUGCAUUUAUCCGGAUAUCUUGAUGUCCCAUUCCGAUCACCUCCUUCUACAUCUCCACUUGCGAAACCUGAGUGUUCGUCAAAUACCUCGGUCAAGGGAGACGCUACAACCGAAUCUUCAGUCAGAAGUCUUCGUUCACCGCAUACAGGUAAACCACGUCAGACUAUACCGUCUGUAACAUUAGCUCCAUGGCCGAAAGAGCCUUCGACAAUCGUGUCACACGAUAAACUUAUCUCCCCAGCGGAUCGGAAUUCUUUAUUAAAGGCAAGAGAGAAAAGAUGGGAAACGUUGGAUUGGGGUGAAAAGAGACACUUCAAGAUUCAAGGCAGAGAAGGUGUAUACGAGCUACAAGAAGGUGUAUUUCUAAUGUGUGAUGAUUUCAAUGAUAUGGAGGAUGAUAAGCCAUCAAGCAUUCGACUGAUACCUCUACCAUCAAUGCAAGAUCCUGAUCUUGAAGAUCCACCGAUACAGACCUUAUCUCAUAAGACUGAUUUUCCAAUAUCAGAUCUCACAAUGGAUCCAACGCAGGAUCUGAUAGUGGUCAGUGAAUACAGACCUGAAUCUUCUGUCGUUGAUCGGGCACCACCCACUCAUCGGUACCAUCUCCUGACCUUGUCAACACUCCAACCCCAUCCUCUAGCGAAAUCACCUACAUUAGAUUUCCCCCCUUUCUCUCAGGCUAUAAUGGAUACCCGUCAAUUAUUGCAGAUAAUGGGUGAUACUCUCGUAGUCCAGGUCUCAAGAUAUGCUCCAGCUUGGGUUUUGGCUGGAUUAGGUUUCGGAGUCGGUGCAUUGGGUCCAUUAGGUCACGAGGAGGAAUUGGUAGCUUGGAAUUGGAAAACUGGAAAAGUCUUAUCGCGCAUAUCUUUACCAGAAAAUGGAUGGUUUUCUUCAUUUGCUCUUUUAACGCCUACCACUUUCUUGAUCACUUCAACAUCGAACAUCUCUCCCGUAUUCCCCCAAGAAACUCGUUCAGUAGGGUCUGUAUUUCCACCGGUCAUACAAAUCUAUUCUUUUACUUCUGAUCCUAAUAACCCUAUAAAUCCUGUGCAGCCAUUAGAUACAGAUCCGAUGGAUGACACUACCCCUCGACCUGUCUUACUAGCCCAACUACACAUACCGCAAAUUGCAGAUAAUGUAUCCAUAACAUCAUUUGACGUACGGCCUGAUCCAGCUUUCCCACCACAUCAACCCGGUGCUGGACCGACAUUGGGUAAAGCAAAGCCGUUCACUCAAAAUCCAGGAAAGGGAGUCAUGGUCUUUGAGUUGAAAUUAGUAGGGACGGCCGAUGGUACCACACCGCUAAGGGAGAGAAGGAAGUCGUAUGAAAUCUUCGUGCUAAGGGAGAGCUUGGUUGAACUCGCUAUCAAAGGUGAAGAGCGAUUGCAAGAAGCUUAUAAGAAUGGUGGUGAUCUUGAUGGGUUAGGAAUAAGAGGUGUUGAAAGGAAUAUGUCAUGGAGCGAGUGGGGUGAGACAAAUACGAGAAUGAUGGAUGCUGUCAUGAAAAGAAGAAGUUGGGUCUGCUCUUGUUCGGGAUAUCGAUAUACUUCUCUAGUCCCUGCGUAUCGAGCCGAAGGACAUGGAUUAUGGCCUCUAUCGGAAGAUCCAUCAGGUUUAGAAGAAGAUGAAUCUCAUGAAUUGAUCCCUCCACCAAAGAGAUCGGAUAUAAUGGUAUUUGAUUUUUCACCUAUCAACAUUCGGAAAGUAAGGAACACAGAACCUGAACCUAUGGAUUUUAUGGAUUUCGUCAAGAAGGACUGGUCAGUCAAAUCGAGAGACUAUGUCACAGUCAUAGAAAAGAGGAACAUCUGGAAGGAAGAUGUGAAAAGUUCAUUACCUUUCUUAGAGAUAAGAAGGGACUAUGGUGCUUUAGCAAACGGAGUAAUGUGUGAUGAUCAAAGGAUCAUCCUUGUUCACACUCAAGCUAGGAUGAAUGGAGAUUGGUCAAGUAUCAGCCAGGAAAUGACUGUACUGUGUAUGUGA